AUGCCUUUUGGUUUGGAAAAUGUAGAAUCUACCUAUCAACAGAUGAUGACUAAAAUGUUCGAACCACAACUGGGCAGAAACAUUGAAGUCUAUAUCAAUGACAUGAUAGUGAAGAGUAAAGUGGUGUCCGAGCAUGUGGAAGAUCUUAUAAACAUCUUUGGAAUACUGAGAAAGCAUAAGCUAUGCCUGAAUACUUCAAAAUGUUCCUUUGGUGUAGGCUCCGGUUGGUUCUUAGGAUACAUGGUGACUUAUAGAGGAAUUGAAGUGAAACCAGAUCAAAUUAAGGCCAUCAACGAUUUACAAGCCCCUCAAAAUCUGAAAGAGGUGCAGAAACUGACUGGAAUGACUGCUGCUUUGAACCGAUUUAUCUCCAGGUCAGUCGAGAGGUGUCGUCCAUUUUUCCUUCUACUGCAUAAGUGGAAAGGAUUUGAAUGGACCGAAGAGUGUGUUGUGGCGUUUCAGCAACUGAAGGAGUACCUGUCCAGGCCGCCUAUCAUGUCUAGUCCUGAGGUGGAUGAGGUCCUGUUUGCUUAUCUGGCAGUUGCCCCUCAUGCAAUUAGUUUUGUCUUAAUAAGAGAGGAUAGCGGCGUCCAAAGACCAGUUUAUUACAUAAGCAAGUCCCUUUAUGAAACCGAGGUGAGAUACUUAUCAUUGGAAAAGGCCAUCUUGGCGGUGGUCCAUGUAACACGCAAACUUACACAUUACUUUCAAGCCCAUACCGUGGUUGUUUUAACUCAGCUACCUCUCAAGUCUAUACUUAGAAGUGUAAAUUAUACCGGGAGAAUUGCUAAGUGUGGCACAAUCCUAUAUGCUUUCGACAUCAAGUAUAUGUCUUGCACCUCUGUGAAAGGCCAAGUCCUUGCCGAUCUAGUAGCUGAGUUUGCCGAGUGUCCAGAAGAAGCUAACAUGAAGCAAAGUGACAUGGAUGAAAAAUCGAUUGGUCUGAUCUCCACACAAGGCGGUUCCUCCUGGAAAGUAUAUGUGGACGGAGCAGCAAACCAACGGGGGGCAGGAUUGGGGCUAGUUUUGAUAUCCCCUGAAGAGAUCAUCAUUGAAAAAUCCUUAAGGUUAGGAUUCUCGGCUACUAACAACGAAGCAGAAUAUGAAACUUUGUUGAUAGGAAUGAGUAUGGUCCAGAAAAUGGGUGGAAAGGUAGCAGAAUUAUUCUCGGAUUCAAGAUUGGUAUUCAGCCAAGUGAAAGGAGAACUGGAAGCCCGAGAUCCAAGAAUGCAGGGAUAUUUAAGCCACGUUAGGUGUAUGCAAACGAAAUUUGAAUCUUUCGACUUGUCGCAUAUCCCCCAAGGUGAAAAUACCCACACCGAUUCCCUGGCAACCCUUGCCACAUUUUCAACACGGAGUUUUCCUCGGGUGAUAAUCGUGGAAGAUUUGUAUACCCCCACUCCACUAGAAAAGGACGUACGUCAGGUUCAUCAAGUCAAUCUAGCGCCGAGCUGGAUGGAUCCCAUAUUGAAAUUCCUCAAAAGUGACACCUUGCCCGAAGAGAAACUAGAAGCGGAGAAAAUACGGAGGAAAGCUCCUCGAUUUUGGUUAUCCAAGGACAAAAAAUUAUAUAAACGGUCUUUUUCUGGGCCGUAUUUACUUUGUAUACAUCUCGAGAUGUCAGAGUCACUCCUAGAGGAACUGCAUGAAGGCAUUUGUGGAAGUCAUACGGGGGGAAGGUCCCUAUCACACCGGGCUAUUACUCAAGGAUAUUGGUGGCUGAAUAUGCAGAAGAAAGCGCAGAAGUAUGUUAGAAAAUGCGACCAGUGUCAGAGGUUCGCUCCAAACAUCCACCAGCUUGAAGGAAUUCUUAACCCUCUAUCCAGCCCUUGGCCUUUUGCUCAAUGGGGGCUAGAUAUUGUCAGCCCUUUUCCUAAAGUCAUAGGAAACAAAAAGUAUCUGCUGGUCGGCACAGAUUAUUUUACUAAAUGGGUCGAAGCUGAACCUUUGGCUAACAUUGAAGACGUAGAUGUUAAGAGGUUUAUCUGGAAGAAUAUUGUUCCGCGAUUUGGAACUCCGCGCACUCUUGUCUCGGAUAACGACCUUCAAUUUGAUAGUAAGGCCUUCAGAAACUAA